UAGCUUCUUUUUUUCCUUCGGUUGGAGGCCAUGAUGGGAGCCUGAGAGUUCAGCUGGAGCGAGAAAAGAAGAUGAUUCACCGGGACGAAACUGUCAAAUCAGUUCGAGCGGAUUUAUGAGCGUUGUAUAGUCUAUAUACAUCUAAGGUGGAGCCUGUCACUUUUUUAAUUUUUUUUCUCAAAUGUGUUCUUGGCAAUCAGUCGAUGACAAUGUUGAAUCGUUAGGAGGUUUUUGGAUCGAAAAAGGAGGUAGCAUUAGCCACUCUAGCUGGCUACGUCUCAGUGACUGGAUACUGGUUUUGAGAGCCGGUGAGUUCUCUAACCUCAUCGCUCGGAAAACGGCGGAAAUCUUACGAGUUUUACCCGAGGAUAACUGCAUGUAUUUUAACCGGGAGCGUUUGCACGACGAAUCGCAGGAUUGGGAAAGUCGGGCCUGCGCCGAGGAACGGAGCAAGGCCCGUCUUUAUGAUCCAGAGGAAGCCUUUCUAAUCCCACCGACAGCCACUGCUCUGUGCGAGGACCCGCAAAACACGGCAGUCAGCUACCGAGAGGACUGAAUAAACUUUCACCUCCCCCUUCCCCACAUAAACUCAUCUUGUAUCACCUGCUACGAUGGCUGCGAUUAUAAAAGAAAUGGUCAGUCGGAACAAAAGGAGAUACCAGGAGGACGGUUUCGACUUGGACUUAACGUAUAUCUAUCCAAACAUCAUCGCUAUGGGCUUUCCAGCAGAGAGACUUGAAGGCGUGUACAGAAACAAUAUAGAUGAUGUAGUACGGUUUUUGGAUUCCAAGCAUAAAAACCAUUACAAAAUCUACAACCUCUGCGCAGAAAGACACUACGAUGCUGCCAAAUUUAACUGCAGAGUUGCACAGUACCCCUUUGAAGACCACAACCCCCCUCAGCUGGAGCUGAUUAAACCGUUCUGCGAAGACCUGGACCAGUGGCUCAGCGAGGACGACAAUCACGUGGCAGCCAUCCAUUGCAAGGCCGGAAAGGGCCGCACCGGAGUCAUGAUCUGCGCCUAUCUCCUCCAUCGGGGCAAGUUCACAGACGCCCAAGAUGCCCUCGACUUCUACGGCGAAGUCAGGACACGGGACAGGAAGGGGGUCACCAUCCCGAGCCAGCGAAGAUACGUCUACUAUUACAACUACCUGCUAAAGAACCAGCUGGAGUACAAACCGGUGGCGCUGCUGUUCCACAAGAUGGUCUUUGAGACCCUCCCCAUGUUCAGCGGGGGCACCUGCAGGGACAGUACCGUUAAAAACAGGAGCGAGCCGACCCCUCAGGGCUUCAAGAAAGGGAAUUGGCAUUGGGAUCCCCAGUUUGUCGUAUACCAACUCAAGGUCAAGAUCCACACAUCCAACCCAGCUCACACCAGAAGGGAGGACAAGCACAUGAUCUUUGAGUUCCCCCAGCCGCUGCCCGUUUGUGGAGACAUCAAGGUGGAGUUCUUCCACAAGCAGAAUAAAAUGAUGAAAAAGGACAAAAUGUUCCACUUCUGGGUGAACACGUUCUUCAUUCCUGGACCAGAUGAGAGUGGGGAAAAGAUGGAGAACGGGGCGGUGAACAAUACGGAGAGCCAGCAGGGAGGACCGGGUCAGGGCCAGCAGCAGAACGCAGAGAGCAGGGACGGCUGCAGGGAAGGAGACAAAGACUACCUCAUCCUGACGCUCACCAAGAACGACUUGGACAAGGCGAAUAAAGAUAAAGCCAAUCGCUACUUCUCUCCAAACUUCAAAGUGAAGUUGUAUUUUACAAAAACCGUGGAGGAGCCUUCUAAUUCCGAGGCUAGCACUUCGACGUCCGUCACCCCAGACGUUAGCGACAAUGAGCCAGACCAUUACAGAUACUCUGACACCACUGACUCUGAUCCGGAAAAUGAACCUUUUGAUGAAGAGCACCACACGCAAAUCACAAAAGUGUGAACUCUUUUUAAAGCAGGAAAAGAAGAAAUCAUACACCUGAAUUUAAAAACAAAAAAAAAAAGGAGAAAACUUGAAUAUAAACUCAAAAGAAGAACCUUUGUCCCUUUUCCUCCCCCAGAUGGCAAUAGAAUAUCAUCAUGUCGAAUGCCAAUUUUAGGGAAAAAAAAAAGAUAAAUAUCCUGACCAAUAUAUUGUUUUUGUUUGUAUUAUUUUUCUUUUUUUUUUCUUCUUUUUUGGCAGGGCAGUGUACCAUGUGCUAGGUAUUGACACUGUUGCCCCAUGGGAAAAGGUGCUGUAGCUAUAAAGAUGUGUUUAUAUAUAUAUACAUACAUACAUAUAUGUAUAUACAUAUAUAUACAUGCGUAUAUAAACAAACUUUUUUUUUGUGUCAAAGACAAUGGAAAGAGUACCACAAUCAGGAGAUGGGAGUUGAAGUGUGGGAGAAGUUGGAAUAAAAUACUAGAACUAUGCUGCUCCUUCUCCUGUCUAAACCAAGGCCAGUGCUGCAGUCACUUUGUUUCACUCCCCCCUGUUCCCCCCAAUGACCCCCCCCACUCCCCCCCAAAUCUUUUGCUCUUCCCUUCUACCCUCCUUUCUUAUAUUCCUUUACUGUGAAUGCUUCUUGUGCUCUUUGCAGGCUGUCUCAUGUGACUUUUGGCCUUAGUGCAGUGCAAACUGCAUGCAGGCAGUGGGUUGGGGGGGGGCGGGGCGGUUGCGAAGAGGCGGUGAUUAUGUUCAAAGCAUUGCCAUUCCUGUUCCCACUGUGUAUACGUUAAAUUAUGCAGAACAAGGCAUCCCAUGUAAUUGUUAAUGUUUUUUUAUCCUAAGAUAAUAAAAUAUAAUACACAAAACAGCA